UUAACUUUACGAUGGAGUCUACGAACAGGAUAUUCUUCAACUUCUUGUUGGUCCUUCUGAAUACUCUUCAGAUUUAUUCAGACUUAACAAGACACCACAACUACGACCUGCUGCACAAUAGACAUUGUGGAUUCAGCGAAAGCAGUAGAAUCAUAGGAGGUGAGGAUGCAGAGAUGGGACAGUAUCCCUGGAUGGCGCUGCUUGCAUAUGUAAAUGUUAAAAAAGGGGAGACUGUAUACUACUGUGGUGGAGCUGUUAUAAGUAGAAGGUACAUCAUAACUGCAGCUCACUGCGUACACUAUCAUCGUAUAAAGUCUCUCAUGGUUCUCCUAGGAGAGUACAAGUUAGAUGUAUGUAUAAAAGGAGAGUAUUAG